CAAAUUUUCCGCAAAUUACUGGUUGCCUACACCUACAGCCGUCAUUGUGACGUUUAUAACCAGCAUAACCUUAAAAAAGUGUCAUCCUAAAAUCAAAAUAUUUGGUUACUUAUUUGAUUAUUGUUUCGACAAGUGUUGUGUUCCCAAUGCAGGCGUCAAGCUCGGCCCCCCUUUUGCAAUGGAGCCCCGAUAAGAAGCACUCGGACCGUGAAAGAUGGAUUUGCAUAUACCCUGCCUACAUUAACAGUAAGAAAACGGUGGCACAAGGCCGUCGCAUCGCUAAGGAAAAAUGUGUGGAAAAUCCCACCCACCAAGAAAUGCGAGACGUUCUUUCAGCUGCAGGUCUGCAAGUAGGAGUGGAAAACAAACUGUACAGUCGAGAGCGCAGCAAAGAGCUUCUCUACCGAGGUCGAAUUCGCAUUCAGUUGAAAAAAGAUGACGGGACUCCAGUAAACAAAGAUUUCCCGACGCGCGAAAGCGUCAUGUUACAUCUUUGUGAAAUGAUCCCCAAAUUGAAGAUCAGACAGAACAAGUCGGGGGGCGAUCAAGUCCAGAGCAAUCCGAGUUCGGGCAAAGGCAAAGGAAAGGGAAAAGGGCGCCGAUAAACACCUUGUUUUUUAUAUUUUUAUUAAGUUACGCAAAUAUAUAAAAAUUGAGCAAAAA